UUUAUGAAAAAUGCGUUUGAAAAUCAGCUUAACAUGUAAAAGCUAGCAGUGGUCUCUGCUUGUAUAUAUACAAAAAAUUCCAAGUACAUAAGGCGCCGUGCAAAAAAAAAACAUAAAAACUGCGCGCAAGUGGGAGACAAAUAGGAAGAAGCAGCACGAGCCGAAUUAUAUACGAAAACGUGUGCCGAAUACAUAGCGUAAACAAGUGCUGAAAAAAAAUAAUAAUAACAAAACAGAAAGUGCGGAGAAAUAGAGCGGCAAAGAGAAAAAAAAUCAACCGGCUACAUUGAAAACGUGCGACGGCGGCGUUGUGAGUGUUGUGUUUUGACUUCCACAACGCCAUGUCGCAAAAUCAAAACAAACAACAUUUACAACAACAACUUGAGCAUCACCAACUACAACAACAACAUCAGCAGCAGCACCACCACCAUCAACAACAACAACUUUUACACCAUCAUCAACAGCAGCAGCAGCAACAACAACAGCAACGACAAUGGCACCAGCAAUAUCAACAACAACAGCUACAUCAUCACCAUCAGCAACAACAACAACAGCAGCAGGCACAAUAUGCUGCUGCUGCCGCAGCACAUGCACAUGUUGCUGCCGCCACUGGUAUGAGAAGUGGUGGUGGUAAUGGCAUGCCUGGCAUGUUUGGCAAUACACUAGGUAGUAGGGGUGGUUGUUUAUAUGACACGAGUGGUAGCCUCGUUGUUGGCGGCGGCAGCGGUGGCAGCGGCGGCUUUGACCUUGAUAUGGCUGGCCAUCAUAUAGGUAGUGCGAAUGCCUCGGCAAUUGCGGCCACGUCUACAACGCCAGCUGUUGGUGUAGGCAUUGCAGGCGGUGGUGUGGGUUAUAUGCCUUCACAUGUCAAUGUUUCUUCUGUCGCCGGUGGCGCGUACAAUGCCGGUAUGUCUGGCAUGUCGACUGCUAGUGAAAGUGGAAGGAGAGCAAGUGUAGGGGGUUGUGCAUACACACAGGCAACGCAGUCACAGCCACAGCCGCCACAACAACCGCAACAGCAGCAACAACAACAGCACACAAUUUUGCCACCGGAAAGAAUAAAAAUGGAGCCACUGGAGCAAAUACUCAUACCAACUAUCGAAAUGGAAGAAUUGAUAAUAAAAACCGAACCCACAGAUGAUGCGUACAAUAAAGUUAGUACGGUCGAUGAAGCCAUUGCUACAGGAAGCACAAAUAUGAAUCCUAACGCUGGUUAUAUGAAUUUUCCAAAGCAUUUACAAGCAUAUCCUCAGCAUCAGCAUGCACAUCAACAGCAACAACAAUUGUUGCAACAACAGAAACAACAACAAAAAUUGCAACAUCAACAACAAUUGCAACAACAACAACAUCUUCAUCAACAACAACAACAGCUGCAGCAACAGCAACAACAACUGCAGCAACAACGUGAACAACAAUUGCAACAGCAGCAGCAGCAGCAAAUGUUAUCACACGAUGCCAUGGCCGAAGCCGGCUUGUUAACAGUAAAACUUGAACCGCAAAUACACAUUAAAGAGGAAAUGCCGGAAGCGUCACAGAAUAAGCCCCUCAACUUUCCACGCCGCAAAGUUCAAACGGAACGCUCCGAAACGUUGCCGAUUUGUCAGCGCUGCAAACAGGUCUUCUUCAAAAAGCAAAGCUACAGCAAACAUGUUUCGCAGAGUCUUUGCGAGAUUGUCGAAUAUGACUUCAAAUGUUCUAUAUGCCCCAUGUCGUUCACAUCCAGCGAGGAGCUGCAAACGCACGAGCAACUGCAUCGCGAGAAUAUGUAUUUCUGUCACAAAUACUGUGGCAAAUAUUUUGACACAAUCGAACUGUGCGAGGUGCACGAGUAUAUGCAGCAUGAAUAUGUCAAUUAUAUCUGUAAUGUUUGUUCGGCGGGCUUUGCUAGUCGCGAUUUGCUAUUCGCGCACAUGCCACAACACCGUAAUCAACCGCGUUAUGAUUGCCCGGUAUGCCGUUUGUGGUUUCACACAGCCAUACAAUUGCAUCAGCACCGUUUGCAAGCGCCAUAUUUUUGUGGGAAAUUUUACCGACGCGCCGCUGGUGCAGCACCUGGUGGCGCGCCUUAUGGCCCAAUGCCGCCAACACAUUCGGCUAAUUACAAUCUACAAGACUGUUCCAUGGGCAUUAUAGAAAUGCCUAGCAGCAAUAGCUUCUCUUCAUAUCUACAAAAUCGCGCCUUUCACCAUCAACACCCAGCGCCGCCACAUCCGCCGUUACCACCACAGCAAUUGCAUCCACAUCCACAUCUAGCGCAACAACAGCACCUGCAACGUCAACAAUUACAUCUGCAACAACAACAUCCGCAAUUUCCAACACAACCGCUACAUCCAGCGGCACAACAACAACAGCCAACACCCGCUCAGCCAGAUUUUAUGCGCCGCAACAGCAUUACUGGUGCUACCGGCGCUGCCACAACAGAAUUUCAAAUGCCACAAAUUAAAACCGAAAUCAAAGUGGAGCCAGACAUCUAUGGCACAUCAGAUUAUCCACUACAGACGCCCCUGCCACCACCACCUUUACCACCACCGCCGUUAAGCGCCGCACAACAACAAUCUGCAUUGGUCUCACCAUCACGUCAACGACGCUUUGGUGAUUACUCAAAUGAGUCCUUUGGCGCUGGUGGUGGUGCUGGCGGCGAUUCGUCGCAUACAUUCGGCCCACACAAUAACAGUGGCGGCAGCAAUAGUAACAGUAAUGAUUUCUCAAACAGCAACCCGUCGAGUCUGCAACGCAGCAUGAGCGCCAACAACAGCAAUGACAUUGACAUCAAGCAUAAACCGACACCAUUUCCUGUUGGCAAUUUUCAUUUUCCCACCACGCCAUCAGUGUCGCGUACACGUGUGGUCGAUACCGGUGAAGAUGGCGCAGUUUGCUGUGUGCCGCAUUGCGGCGUCACUAAACAGUCCAGUCCAACACUGCAAUUCUUUACAUUCCCGAAAGAUGAAAAGUAUUUGCAUCAAUGGUUGCACAAUCUCAAAAUGUUUCCCGAGCCCGAUUCGACCUACAGCCAAUAUCGCAUUUGUAGUUUACAUUUUCCCAAACGCUGUAUUAAUCGCUAUUCGUUGUGCUAUUGGGCAGUGCCCACAUUCAAUUUGGGUCACGACGAUGUCGCGAAUUUAUAUCAGAAUCGUGAAAUCACCAACACAUUUACGAUUGGUGAACGCGCUCAGUGCAGCAUGCCCGGCUGUCCGAGUCAGCGUGGUGAGAGUAAUUGCAAAUUCUACAAUUUCCCCAAUGACAUGAAGACGCGCAUUAAGUGGUGUCAGAACGCGCGCCUGCCCGUGAACAGUCGCGAACCGCGUCACUUUUGUAGUCGUCACUUUGAGGAACGCUGCUUCGGCAAGUUUCGGCUGAAGCCUUGGGCUGUGCCCACACUACAUUUGGGCACACCAUAUGGCAGAAUACACGAUAAUCCGGGCGUAUUCUAUUUGGAGGAGAAGAAAUGCUGUCUGCCACAUUGUAAGCGCACGCGUUCAUCCGAUUUCAAUCUAUCGUUAUAUCGUUUUCCACGUGAUGAAGUACUGUUGCGACGUUGGUGCUAUAAUUUGCGGCUGGAUCCGGCAAUAUAUCGUGGCAAGAAUCACAAAAUUUGUAGCGCACAUUUUAUCAAAGAGGCGUUGGGUUUGCGCAAAUUGUCGCCAGGCGCAGUACCGACUCUUAAUUUGGGUCACAACGACCGCUUCAAUAUCUACGAGAAUGAGUUGCCAACACCACCGGUAGUACCGCCGUCGAAAAUGUUCAAUUUCCAUAAUGUUUCCGCGCCGCCACCAGUCUACAAUAGCCACCGACAUAGCAUUGCGUCGAGCAGCAGUCACAGCGAACGCAUGUAUCCCAAUCCAGUGUCGAAACUCAAAUUUAGCAUAUCGAACAUAACGGCGGGUGAUGUGAGUGCCAUGAGCGGUAGCGCCACACAAAAUAUGUUAGACUCGUUGGAAGUUUGCUUUGUGCCGAGUUGUAAGCGUAAUCGCAAUAUAGAUAAUGUCACACUGCACACCAUACCGCGUCGUCCAGAGCAGAUGCGCAAAUGGUGUCACAACCUCAAGAUCGGCAUCGAAACGCUACAUAAAGGUGUGCGUAUUUGCAGUGCACACUUCGAGCCCUAUUGCAUUGGCGGCUGUAUGCGUCCAUUUGCCGUGCCCACUCUGAAUUUGGGACAUGACGAUCCGAAUAUAUACCGCAAUCCGGAUGUCAUAAAGAAACUGAAUAUACGCGAAACAUGUUGUGUGCAAGACUGCAAACGUAAUCGUGAUCGUGAUCAUGCCAAUCUACAUCGUUUCCCAUCGAAUUUCGAAUCGCUCACCAAAUGGUGUGAGAAUCUGUUGAAGCCGGUGCCCGAUGGCACUAAACUCUUUAACGAUGCCAUAUGUGAGGUGCAUUUCGAAGACCGUUGCAUACGCAAUAAGCGUUUGGAGAAGUGGGCCGUGCCCACGGUGAAACUGGGACACAGCGAGGAGCCGAAACAUCGUUUGCCAACGGAUGAAGAGAUAGCCGAACAAUGGCCGAAGCCGGUCAUGCCAAAUAAGGGUAUAGAAGAGGGUGAAUGUUGUGUAUCCACAUGCCGACGCGAUCCGAAGAUUGAUGAUGUUAAACUCUACCGCACACCCGAAGAUCCGGAGCUGCUGGCGAAAUGGGCGCAUAACUUGCAAACCGAAACAGAAGAUCUUACCACUUUGCGCAUUUGUAAUCUACACUUUGAAGAGCAUUGCUUUAGCAAAAAGCGUCGUCUACACUAUUGGUCCUUACCCACACUCAAUUUGGCUAAUAAUGUAGAGCAAUUAUACGAGAAUCCCGAACCACUGGUGCCACAGGUGAUCAUAAAAUCGGAGACGAAACGUGAACGCAGACGCAUGCGCGAUGCCAAUGAGCCACUGAAGCCGUGGACGCCACGCUGCUGUCUACCGCACUGUCGCAAACGACGCGACACGGAUCACGUGCAGCUUUUCCGUUUCCCCAUACUCAAUCGACCAAUGUUGGCUAAGUGGUGCCACAAUUUACAACUACCGCUGGUCGGUAAUGGACAUCGCCGUUUGUGCUCUACACAUUUUGAGCCGCGCGUACUGUCGAAACGCUGUCCCAUACCUAUGUCAGUGCCCACAUUGGAUCUGAAUACACCACCAGGUUAUAAGAUCUAUAUGAAUCCGGCGCGUCUAAAGGCGGUCAAGUUGCAACAAGUCUGCUGCAUUUCAUCCUGCAGUCGUACACGCGCCGAUGGCGUACAGCUCUUCCGCUUUCCGCACAGUCGCAGCGUGUUGCGCAAAUGGUGUCACAAUACGCGGCAGCACGCGCGCGGUGAAUAUCGCGUGUGUUCGCGUCACUUUGAACCGCACGCAUUCGGCGCUAAGCGGUUAAUGCCAGGCGCAAUACCCACAUUGAAUUUGGAUCCGGAAGUUGAGGAUGUGUAUGCGAAUGAAGCGCAGAGUUUCGCUGAAACGCAGUGUGUGGUAAACGGUUGCGUCGCAAGCAAGGAAUUAGAUGGUGUGCGGCUCUUCAAGUUCCCCAGUGAUGAUGUCGAUUUACUAUGGAAGUGGUGUAACAAUUUGAAAAUGAACCCGUUAGACUGUCGCGGCGUGCGUAUCUGUAAUCGACACUUCGAAGCCGAAUGUGUCGGACCGAAGAUGCUCUAUAAGUGGGCUGUGCCGACACUGGCUUUGGGUCAUAACGAUGCCGACGUCAAGUUGGUAUCCGUACCGCCGCCAGAGGCGCGUUACAGCGAUGUGGUUACCAAAUGUUGCGUGCCCACAUGCGGCAAGUCACGCAAAUUUGAUGACGCACAAAUGAACAGCUUCCCGAAGAAUUUGCGCCUAUUCCGCUGCUGGAAGCACAACCUCAAAUUGGACUUUUUAGACUUCAAAGAUCGUGAAAAAUAUAAAAUUUGCAGUGAUCACUUCGAACCCGUUUGUCUGGGUAAAUUGCGUCUCAACUAUGGCGCUAUACCAACACUCAAUCUGGGACAUGACGACACAGAUGAUUUAUAUCCUGUGGAUCCCGCGCAGAUACAUGUGUCGCUCUUCGGCAAAAUGCGCCCACGCAUUGCCAGCGACAAAGAUGCAGCUGAAUUCGAAAUGGCUGCUAGUGUUGGUAAAGAUGACAUCAAAUGCACUUAUCCCAAUUGUACUGCAACGAAGUUGCUGUUAAGCGAACCCUAUGACAUGCCAACCGCUUUGCCGUUACAUGCGCUUUGGUGCGCACAAAUGAAAGUCGACGCGGAGGCGCUCAGCGAGACGCCAAAAUUGUGUGGACUACAUUUCAUAAAGCUCUAUAAAACCACUUUAGAUGCAGCUAAUGCGCUAGCGGAGGGCGAUAACGACCUGAAUGAGGCCAUGAUUACUUUGAACGCCACUUAUGAAAAAUGUUGCGUAUCACCAAUUGUUUGCAGCGCCCAGUGUUGCGUUGCCGGUUGUAACAGUAAUCAGGUUAGCGGCAAUCGUACCGCACAACGCCUCUACCUAUUCCCUACUGCGGGCGGUAGAGGCCUGGAAUUACUUGAGAAAUGGUGCCACAAUGUAGAUGUUGCUGCCGUGGACCUUGUUCGCUUUACGCACAAAGUUUGCGCGCGCCAUUUCGAAGCACAAUGUAUUGGCCCCACACAACGUUUGCGCUCAUGGGCCAUACCGACUUUACAGCUCAAAUCCAAACCGGACCAUAAGAUACAUGCCAUACCAGAAUUGGGUAGCGCGGCGCGUCCACAUGAGGCGCGUUGCUGUGUUGGCACUUGUGCACGUGAACGCGGUGAUUUCGAAACAAUGCGUCUUUUCAGUUUCCCCAUUAUCGACGAAGUGCUCGAAAAGUGGUUGCACAACUUACAGUUGACACGCAGUCAGUGCGCACGUUUACGUAUCUGCGAGCAACAUUUCGAACCGCGUUGUAUUGUGAAGACGCGCUUGUUGCGUUGGGCAGUACCAACAUUGCUGUUGGAGCGCAAUGCAGAGGAGCUGCUACCGAACGAACCACCUAUGCAUGCGGCAGUGCCUACCGCACCAAUCAUUGAUGAAGUGGAUACAAUCGAUGCGGCAAGUAAUAACGAUGGCGAAGAUAUUCGCGAUGUUAAUGAUGAUGAGGAUGACAAUGACGACGAAUUGGCAGCAGUGCCUAAUGUUAAGAUGAAAAAGUCGCUUGGUAUCGUUAAGUGUUGUGUUCCAAGCUGCAAACGCACACGUUUACAACACGGCGCGCGACUUUUCCAGUUUCCCACAAGUCAUCAAAUCUUACGCAAAUGGUGUCACAAUCUGAAAAUAUCAAUCGAAAAGGCUACAAAUCCCGCCUUACGUAUUUGCAGUCUACACUUCCACAAACGUUGCAUUGAUGGCAAAGAGUUACGUCCCUGGGCCAAGCCGACUAAUGCGCUCGGCCAUAGCGGUCCAAUUUAUGAGAAUCCUAAAAAUCUACCCGGCGUCUUUUUACCCAAAUGCUGUUUGGCUCACUGCCGUCAGCGGCGCACGCUGGAAAAUGACUUACGUACAUUUGGCUUCCCCAAAGAUGAGACGCUUAUGCGCAAAUGGUGUGCGAAUUUACGCAUGGAGCCACGCGCUAAUCACGCACGCAUCUGCAUGUCUCACUUCCCGCCCGAGGCGAUGGGCAAUAAGAAGUUGCGCGCCAAUGCGGUGCCUACGCUAAAUUUGGGCCACAACGAACCGCUGGAGUAUGAUAACGCACUGUUGAUUGCGACAGCGAUGAAAGCCAGAAAUCCAUUGGAGGAAAAGAAAACUUUGAUUUCAGAAGCCAGUGAUCCUGAACAGGGAAAUAACGGCGAAUACGAUGAUAUAAUGGAUGACGAUGACAAUGAUGAUGAUGAUGACUAUCGCAUAGAUGAAGAAGAUGAUGAGAACGACUUCUACGCCUCCGCCGGAAUGGGCAAUAGUGAUGAGGAGGAAGAGGAAACAGUUGAAGACUUUACGCCGAGCAUUAGUGCCGCAACCGGUGACGACGAUGAGCUGUUUAGUAAUGCCGAAGCGCGUGAUGACGACAAUUUCAUAGCCGAUUCGGCAGAUGAGGAGGAUGAGGAGGGCGCAGAAGUUGAUGAUGAGAAUGAAGAAGAUGUAUACGGUAAUGACGAUGAUGAUGAUGAGGAUGACAGUGAUGAGAGCGAUGAAAGUGUUGCCGAAAAUGUUUACAACAAUGCCGUAGAGGAUGAUGAGAGCGACAGCGAUAGCGACCUUAACGCUGAAGACAACAACGCUGAUAGCAAAGAUGCCGAAGUGGAUGAUGAUGAUGUGGAAAUGCUCAUCGAUGCCGAUGAUGAUGAUGAUGAUAAGAGCAGUUACAAUGCUUGCGAUCCACUCGAUUUUGUGGAAUGUGUUAAUCAGAGCGAUGAUACGCAACAACAUGAAGUGGCCAUCACAACAAAAAGCGCCAAAAUGCAACUUGCUAAUAAAAAUCUGCGCAAGCGUCCAAUAUCAACAACAUUGACAAAUUACGAAGACGACUCCAAUACAAACUACAGUAAUGCUGAUGAAAUGACACGUUUCACAGCGACCACUUCAAAUUCCGCAUCAGCAACCACAUCGUCGGCAUCAGCUUCAGCUGCCGCCGCGACCACUGCAAGGGGUGCACAUCAUUGUGGUGCUGAGAAAAUAAGUCGUUCGGUUUUUCGGCUUUGUUGCCUCAGACAUCGUAGGAAGAAGAAAGCGCCACCAGAUCCACCACCUGACAAGAGAGACAAAGCGCCAACAGCAUAUCGGAGGUUGAUGAAUAGUAUGGCACGCAUUAGCACGCAGCGUCGACAACAGCGCGUCCGCUGUGCUGUACGCCGUUGCGGACGUGCUGCCGGCGCUGCUGUAACCUUAUAUCGCUUUCCAUUAGUAGGCAGUCGUUACUGUCGCCGUUGGUGCGCACAGUUAAAAGUUAAAAUGUCGCACACUUCACGCCUGCGUAUUUGCCAGCGCCACUUUGCAUACAGUUUAGUGGAUCGGAGCCGUAGACGUUUACGUUUCGGCGCAAUACCAACACGCAAUUUACAUAAUACGCCGGCACAAUUCAAGCGUAAUCCACUCUAUGGCUUAAAUAAAAAUACAUCACAAUUGACGGCAACAGCUCACCACGACGCCACCGCGCAUGCAAUUCAAACGACCGCAGCGCAAUUGAACGUCUAUACUCGUUGUUGCGUGCCACAUUGCGGUAAGUCGCAUCAAGUGGAUGGCGUUACGCUCUUCCGCUUCCCAAAGCUGCGCUCACUCUAUCUGCAAUGGGCUACGAAUUUGCGCUUAAUGCCUACCACGCGUUUAGUGCAAGUCUACAAAGUUUGCAGCGACCACUUCGAGCGCGAUUGUCUCAGUUAUCAGCGUAAUGACCGCGCUAAACUAAAAUAUGGCUCUGUGCCUACACUGAAAUUGGGUCAUAACGACACAUUGAAAAUCUACCAGCACAACACGCUCUCGCCACAAAAGCGACGCGGCGUUGGCAGACGUAAGUGGCGCCCACAAAAAGGCGUGAACGAAUGCGCUGUGCACGAUUGUAAGGUAGCGCAAUUUCUACAAAUGCAACUCUUUGCGUUGCCUGCCGCGCUGAAACUGCAAGAGCGUUGGUGUAAUUACUUCAAAUUAAAUUUCAGCGGCGCGUCGAAAGACGCCACUGAAUUCUUCGAGAAUGUGCGCUUAUGCGCUUUGCACUACAUGGAGGGAUAUCAAAUGGCGACCUACAGCGACGGUGCGCGCAAAAGCACAUCAGCUGCUUUGGACGAACUGGAAGCGAACUAUGCGCGCAUCACCAGUUCAACGCGCAUACAAAUGCUGAAAUGUUGCGUCCCCAAUUGUUCGACAAAAUUUACGGACAACGUGCGCUUGGCGGCAUUUCCCAGCGCGGAAGAGUUGCGCGCUAAAUGGCAACACAAUACACAGGUGUCAUUCAGUCCAUCGCAUCGUUAUUUGUAUAAAGUAUGCGCAUUGCAUUUCGAAGAGCGUUGCUUCGCCAAAAAGCGUCUCUUUAUGUGGGCCAUACCGACAUUGCAUUUGCCGAAACCGCAAAAUCAAGAUCCAGCGCAUAAGCUUUUUGAAAAUCCCAACGUGGAAGUGGCGAGCACCGCGCAGUGCUGUAUCGAAGGUUGCGCCACUAAUGCGGUGAAGCAAGAGCCGGCGGCGAAUGUUGACGAAACAGUGUCUAAAGCUGCUGUGCGCUUUUGGCAUUUUCCACAAGAUGACGCGUUACGCGACAAAUGGUGUCAUAAUUUGGGACUCGGCGCGCAAACUAACGAGAUCAGCCAUACAAGUCGACGCUGGCGUAUAUGCAGUCGCCACUUCGAGCUAUUUUGUAUCGGUAAAACGUUGCGCAGCUGGGCUGUGCCUACACUGGAAUUACCCAAACCGGUUAAACAUGCGAAGAGCGGCAAACGCUCUACAUAUAUUUAUCAAAAUCCGGACAGCGCGGCGGUCUACUAUCGCUGCUGUAUUAAAACAUGCCAUCAGCUGCGCGAUCUCGAUGCUGGCAUACGUCUAUAUGCAUUCCCCAAAAAGGAUACAAUGCUACAAAAAUGGGCGCAUAACAUACGUAUGCCCGCGGUGAAAUGUCGCUACGCGCGCAUCUGCACACUGCACUUUGAAGCGCAAUGUUUGCGUCCGCAAAUGCAAUCCUGGGCGCUACCGACAAUCGAUUUGGGACAUGACGAGGCGGAUAUUUUCCGCGUACCAAAGGUGAAGUUGAUGGUUACGAGUGAACGCUGCUGUCUACCACACUGCAGCAAGCGACGCAGUCGUGACAAUGUGCAUUUGUUCGCUUUUCCGCGCGAUAAACGUGUAUUGGACAAAUGGUGGCAUAAUUUAGCGAUUGGUGUGCAGGACGUAAAACGUCGUCUCAUAUGUGAAGCGCAUUUUGAGCCGCGUUGCAUUAGCAAGCGGCGUCUUAAACGUUGGGCCAUACCAACACUCAAUUUGGGACAUACAAACGAGACGCUCAAAAAUCCAACGCCAGCUGAAGUGUUGGCUAAUGAAGGCAAUACAACAAUGCGACGCUCACAAACGCCCUCGAAAAUGACGCGCGCCAAGUCAGCACAACCAACAACGCCAAGCAGUUUACAGAAAUGUGCAAUCAGCGGUUGUGCACGCGGUACUGAUAACAACGCGCUCUAUCGGUUUCCCAAACCGGAUUGGUUACGCAAGAAAUGGUGUGAUAAUACGCGUUUAAACGACGAGGCCGCCAAGCUUGGUAAAAUUUGCGCGCGUCACUUCGAACCACAUGUUAUGGGUAAUCGUAAACCGCGUCCAUGGGCGUUGCCAACUUUGGAAUUGGGCGCUGAUGAAAAUGGCGCAGCAUUGCCAGCCCUGCACGCAAACCCCAAACAGCUGUCGCGUUUCCAUCCCGAAGAGCAUGAAUGGGGUGAGUUGCGCUAUGUGCGCGCCAACCAUUGCUCCAUAAUCUCUUGCAUGAAAUCGAAAAAAGAUGGCGUUGCACUUUUCAAUUAUCCCACAAAGCAUCACAUGUUGCAGAAAUGGGCUGAGAACUGUCGUCAUUAUCCAUAUCAAGCGAAACGCUAUCGUUUCCAACUAUGCGGCGCGCAUUUCACUGCUGAUUGUUUCAAACGUGAAGGUACGCGUCUACGUAAAGGCGCAGUGCCUACCUUAAAUUUGGGGCAUGAUGAUGCACAGAUACACCAGAGUGAAUUCGAGAGCGUAACCGGCAUAAAAAUCGAAACGAAAAUAAUGAAAAGUUGCAGCGUGCCACAAUGUGGACGCACAAAUCUACAUGAUGGCGUACGACUCUACAAGUUUCCUUACGAACGCGCUGAGACGCUGGAAAAGUGGUGCCAUAAUUUACGCAUGAAUGCGUCGGAUUGUCGCAACGCGCUCAUUUGUAAUAUGCAUUUUGAGCCGCGUUGCAUUGGUGGUGGACAGCGCGGUUUGCUCUGGCGCGCCAUACCCACACUGCUGUUGGGACACAACGACACCGAUAUCCUACACAAUCCAGAAACAUUUGAGCGUCCUGAAAAGGUAAUUAGUUGUUGCGUGCCCGAUUGUAUUAACACCAAACAAACAAUUGGCAUAACGCUGAGCGCCUUUCCAAAGCUGCGCAGCCAUUUCGAGAAAUGGGCGCACAACCUGCAGCUGCCGGUCAAUACUGUUGUCUGGCAUACAUACAAAGUGUGCAGCGCGCACUUUGAGCGCUACUGCUAUGAGCACGGACGCAUCAAGGUGGGUGCAAUGCCGACACUAAAUUUGGGGCACAACAACGCCAUUGAUUUGUACACCGUCAGUGAAGAGACAAUGAGUAAUGCAUUUAAGCGCAAACGCAUCCCACCCAAGAACGAAGCGCCGAAAACGCCACACGAAGUGUGUUGCUAUCCGGAAUGUAGAGAAAUGGAGUUGCGUUCGACGAAUCAAGUAUUUGAGUUUCCAAAAUUGGUUAGCAUACAACGCGCUUGGUACGAGAGUAUUGGCUUAAGCAGCGAAGAGGCGCAAGUAAAAGAAGAGUGUGAGGCAAUAGCAGUAGACGCACAAAAUACAACGUGCGUCACUGAAAUGCCCCAAGAGGACGCUACUGUUACUGAUGCAAUAAAAGUUACGAAAAAAUUACCUAAAUUAUGUCCGAUGCAUUUCAAAAUACUCUACAUUGAACAUGCCGCACUGCUGGAUACUCUCAAGUCGGACAGUGCACCGGACACGCAGCACAUGUUACAGCAGCUCGAAGAGACUUACGCAAGAGUUUGUGAUAUGUCAUGCGUGCGUCGCAUUAGCUGCGCCGUCCCCGGCUGCAAUUCAAAUUAUCUUACCACUAAAGCGCUGAAAUUCUUCAAAUUCCCCGAUAACGCAGAGAUGCGCGCCAAAUGGUGUCACAACACGCAAGUCACCAUCGAUGCCGAUCGCUUGUACUGCUAUAAAAUAUGUGAAUUACACUUCGAAGCCAUUUGCGCCUCGCAGUUGGCUAAAAAAAUACAACGUUUGAAAUUCUGGGCCCUACCGACGCUACAAUUACCGCCACGCGCUGAAGGCGAACCCGAAAUAUAUGCACUACCAGCGCCCGAUGCGCUAGCCGAAACGAAACGCGCCUCAUUGCUGCUACACACGCCACACAAUAAAUGUUGUAUAGCCAGUUGUGUGUAUGCUAAAGCGCUAACGGAGCGCGCGGUUAGCGCUGAUAGUGAAAUACAGUUUUUCAAUUUUCCGAACGAUGCGGAAUUACUUUACAAAUGGGUAUAUAACACACAAAUCAGUAUGGUCGCCGCAACCAAUGCGCGCAUAUGCUCCCUACACUUUGAAAAACACUGUAUUAAUAAACGUUUACGUAUGUAUGCUGUGCCCACGCUGCUGUUGGGGCACGAGAAAACUGAUAUCUACAAGAAUCCCUCGGAUAAGCGAGUGGCGGCGGAAGCGUUGGAGAGCAAGCCACAGAAGUUGUCGAAGUAUUAUGAAGAUAAUAUGGCUGAUGACGUUGCAGAUGCAGAAAAUGACGAGUAUCAGGAUGAAUUGUUAACGGAAGACGCGUCAGAGAAAUUGAAAUUUAAAAAAUCUGUCAUAACUAAAUAUGAAACUGAAGCGUUUGACGGGGGUGAGCCAGGCGCUGCGUGCAAGUCAGCCACAAGCGAUGAGCAGCAGCUAGACAGUUCACUUCUAGAGCCAAUGCUAAUGGUGAAAACCGAAUUCAAAGAGCGCAAAGAAACACCACCACCACCAACAACAAGUAAAGCGACAACACAACAAAAACCUUAUCACCAACCUUUCAUUAUAAAUAUUAAACAAGAAAAAGAUGUGGAAGAAAACUACACCGCUGAAGGCAUCGAAAAUCAAAUGAAGCAGGGCUUACUCGAUAUGUUCAACAGUUUUGGUGAGAUUGGCGGUGAGCAGGAGCCGGAUGACGUUAACGAGCUGGAUGACGAGAGUACGCAAAUGGAACGCGACACCGCGCGUCAUUGCCGCAUACAUGGUUGCAAUAGUUAUGCGCGCAAUGCCGGCGUUACGCUCUUCAAAUUUCCCUUUCCACUCGAUCAAUUCCGCAAAUGGUUGCACAAUACGCAAUUAGAGGUGGACUAUACGCGCCGUUGGCGUUAUCGCAUCUGUCAUCGUCACUUCGAACCGAUUUGUAUGCAAUUCCGUAAGCUACCGGCCGGCACCAUGCCCACGCUGAAUUUGGGUCCUAAGCGUCCAGCGCAUAUCUAUGAAAAUGAGUUCGAUGUGAAUAGUUUAAGCAAAUAUAAAAUGAAAACGCAGCAACAAAACAUAACAGCAACAACAACGACAAAUACUAGCAAUGUAUUGUGUGAGUUGAAUGACACUGAAGCCGACACGAAUAGUUCCUUCGCCGCGCCCACACAACAUGAUACUGUCGAUACUGGCGCUGACUACAAUGAAGAUUAUGCCGAUUUUGUCGACAACACACCGAUAGAUCGCGAUACAUCGCGUCAUUGCCGCAUACCCGAUUGCAAUAGUCAUGCUAAAGACCCCGGCGUAACACUCUUCAAAUUCCCCAUGUCUGAGUAUCUCUUUCACAAGUGGCUCUACAAUACACAACUUAAGGUGGAUUAUACGCGUCGUUGGCGCUAUCGCAUCUGUCAGCGCCACUUCGAACCGAUUUGUAUGCAAUUCCGUAAGCUACCACCCGGUACAAUGCCCACACUGAAUUUGGGUCCUUCGCGACCGGCGCGCAUCUAUGAGAAUAGUUUCGAUAUAAAUCAUUUGAAAAAAUUCAAAAUUAAAAUGCAAAACAAUAAAGCAACAGCGAAUACUGCGCAAUCGGCCACAACAACCUCAGCCAUAAUGCAGUCAAGUCACAUUGAUUACGCUGACGACAUAGAAACAAACAGUUCCUACGCCAUGGAUGCAAAUGCCAGCAACCCCGCUCAGCUGCCGCUACUCUCAUGUACCGUACGCAAUUGCACGAGUAAAUAUCACGCGCUACACGAGGGCUUACAUUUGCAUAAAAUGCCGACGAAUAUUAUGUUGCGUGAGAAAUGGAUCUAUAAUUGCCGCUUCUCAGAGGAGACACUUGUCAGCAUGAGUUCACGCAUACGUAUUUGUUCGCUCCACUUUACACCGAACUGCUACUAUGGCGUUAAACGUCAAUUAAAGUUCGGUUCAGUGCCCACUUUGCGUUUGGGUCACACAGAUCCCAAUAUCUAUUCGCAUGGUUUUGGUAAUGAAAGUGAGACCGCCCACUUGGCUAUUCAACAACACAACGCCACACAGCAUAAUUGGCGCUCCAACCGCCUGCAAUCGUUAACCGAUGCCAAUCAAGAUAUUUGCUGUCUCAUCAAUUGUCAGCAUAGCAGGCGUGAAUAUACACGGCAUUUCGCCUUUCCCGCUGAACGUGAGCUACUCGAACAAUGGCUCAAUGCACUCGGCAUGGAGUUCAAUAGUUCACGUCCGGAUGAUUAUAAAAUCUGUGAAUGGCAUUUCAAGGCGUCCGAUUUCGAUGGAGAAGUGCUACGCGCCUAUGCGGUGCCCACACGUAAUUUGAAGAUAGACGAUCCCAAUCAAUCGGAUGAUGAAGAUGAUAAUGAUGACGAAGAUGAUGAGUUGGGUUGGAAUGCAAACGAAGAGCCGCUCGAUGAACGCCCAUCAACUUCUGCAGCAGCGGCCGCCGCAGCAUCAACCACCACCCCCGAUGGCUACAACAAAUUAAUCCCCGGCUCGCGACGUUGUUGCUUGGCUCAUUGCCGCAAACAACUAUUCCAAGACAAUGUGCGCACCUUCAAAUUCCCAACUAUGCAUGAACAAUUCGAGAAGUGGGUGCAUAAUUUAGGCAUCAAAUACGAUGGCGACGCACCUUGGCGCUAUCAAAUUUGUAGCGAACACUUUGAAAACCAAUGCAUCAUACAUUAUGAGAACAAAGCCAAGUUGUUUAGAUGGGCGGUGCCCACCUUGAAUUUGGGCAAACAUGCGCCAGCCAUACUAUUCACGAAUGAGAAUCCCAGAAAACUACAGCAAAAAGAUGGAGACUAUGAGCGCAAUCCGGGCGGCUAUGCGGAACAGUUAGACAAUGAUGAGACCAUGGAUACUACUAAUGAUGAGUUGAGUUCCACAGCACAGCAUGUAGAUGCGCCAAAACAUAAGGCUUAUCAGCAAGAAGAUAUGGAUUUGCUAGCGCCAAUUGAGCGGCCGCCACAAAAAGUGAGCGCCACAACGAAGCGCAGCCACUAUGCGUACACCGCAAGCAAUGAGGAUGGUGAUGAUUACUAUGAUGGCGAUGAUGAUGGCUACGAUAUGGGUGAUGGUGAAAAUUCACUUUUGAAUGUCAUACGCGAGGAGAAACCAAGCGCCGUGAAAGAAGGUACACCCGCUUCGUCGUUCUUCUCAUUGCAACUGGUACGCGGCGGCUCAGCCAAAGUACGCGCCUGCUGUUUGCCGCAUUGUGGCCGUACGCGCGAGUCCGGUGUGCGUCUGUUCCGUUUCCCCACUGAACCGGUCUUCCUGAAACGCUGGGAAUACAAUUUACGCGUACUCUUCAAUGAGUCGCAGCGCAAUACACACCUCAUAUGUAGCGCGCAUUUCGAGCGCGGUCAGUAUAAUAAACGUUUAGUCGUCGAUGCCAUACCCACAUUGAAUUUGGGACACAAUAGCACCGAUAUCUAUCGUAAUGGCCAAUAUGAAGCAACGCGUAUGCAUAAGCGUCCACUGAUAGCAUCACCACCGCGCAUACCAUCGGUAAGCAGCAUGCCAUUAAGCAGCCAUAAACCACUGCACUGCAAUGUGCCCGCUUGUGCUGACACUCAGAGUAAACGUCGUCUAUUCCCCUUCCCCGGCAAUCAUGUGUUCGUGAAAAUUUGGUCGGAGCGCACACAGAUCGCUUACGAUGCGCGUCACCAUGCCGAAUUGCGCGUUUGUGAGCUGCAUUUUGAGAGCGAUUGCUUUAGCGCGCAUGGUCUGAACAAUAAUGCUGUGCCCACGUUGUAUUUGCCUGCACCAAAUGCACUGCCAACGCCUCACGCAACGAUUGCACCAGCUGCACCAACAAAAGCUCUCACGCCCCUUGGCCGUCCAGCGGCUGCGCCUACUGCGAUGCCAAAGCUGAGCGCUAUUGCUUGUAGUGUUACCAAUUGUGGCAAUAGUACCGCUACACGCACGGAUUUGAAAAUAUUCUCGAAAUUCCCAGAUGAUUUCGAAUUGUUCACCAAAUGGUGUUUCAAUUUGAAAAUCGAUCCACGCACCUACGUGGAUGGCAGCUAUAAUGUGUGUAGCGAACAUUUCGAAACUUUCUGCAUUGGUGGCCAUAGUUUGCGUGUCUGGGCGGUGCCUACACUGCGUUUGGGUCACAACAGCAAACUCAUACACAGUGUCGAACGUCCAGCGGAGAUGGAAACGAAAUGUUGCUUGCCACAUUGCGGACGCAAGAAGAGCAAAGAUGGCGUGGAGUUCUAUAGCUUCCCUAAAGCAGGUGAUAUCUACCGCCAAUGGUGUCAAAUACUGAAGAUCGACGAAGGUCUCUACCGCAACAGUGAUAAGAAGAUCUGUAGUGCACAUUUUCGCGCCGAUUGCUUCAACACUAACGGUACACUGCGACUGGGCGCACGCCCAACAAUGUUACUACGCAAUCGCACCGCCACAGCAGCCGCACAUAUGCUCAAACCGCCUGCGCCGUACCGCAGCAAGUGCAUCGUGCGCAUCUGCCAUGAAAUGCAACAGCUCUACAGCUUCCCAGCGCAACGGAAUCUCUGCACGAAAUGGUGUCACAAUCUGAAAAUCGACUACUAUCCGAAACUGCACGAGAAUAUGAAUUUCAAAAUCUGUCGGCGUCAUUUCGAACCGAAUUGUCUGCUGAGCGGCGGCAAACUGCAUGCCGAAGCAGUGCCGACGGUGCAGUUGGGACAUAACGAUGUCAAUAUCUAUCAGAAUUUGGUGGGCAUCAAGCAGCACGCCAGUACGCCCAGCUACGACGACAACAGCAGCUUACGCACAAGCGUCAGCACCGUACAUACCUGGCUGAUGGAUGUCGAUGCGGAAACGAAUGCGGCCAACAAUAUGCCGACUGCGGUUGGUGGGCGCGAUGCGGGUGCUGGUGGUAGUGGUGGUGGCGCUGUUGGCGAUGCCGAGGAUGACAUGGUGCGCAUGGAAUACGAGCCACCAGUCGACUUGGAGCCCACUGUUGUCACGGAGAAUAUUGCCGAUGAUAAUCUGGACUUGACCGACAGCGCCUAUAUGCAAAUGGAGGAUGACACCUACUAUGCGGACUUUGAGGAGCAGCGCUUGCUGCCGCAAAGCAGCACUUUUAUAGCGGCUGAGAGCGCGGAGGUGAUUGACUUGGACGCUGUCGAUGCUGUGCAAGAGCAAUUUCCCAAUUGGUCGCAAGACGAUGCUGUGCUGGUGGAUGAUGAUGACGAGGAGGAGGAUGACGAUGCGCUCUUGUGGCCGUUGAAUUAAAUAUAUUGAAGUUACAAUUUCAAAAUUAAUUAAGUGUAGUUAUUUAAGCGGAAAGCUGAAGAGAGCAGUAAAAAGAAUAUAUAAUGUGCAGCAAGGAAAGAAAGAGAGAAAGAGUUAACGAUAGUAUAAGAGUGAAAGUGAAAUAAAUGCUAGCGUAUACAUAAACAUAUGUAAGCAGAGAGUAAAGAGAGAAAAAGCGAGUGUGAAUAAGCGUGAAGGCAGCUCGAAAUAGCGCACGCAAUUAUGUGCAUAAUUAUUUAAUAAUAUACAUAUAUACACUUUUUUUUAAAUAUUUUUUUUUGGUAUUUUUAUAUACUUAUAUAUCUAAGAAAUUAUUUAAAUCUACAAUGUAACCUUACAUUUUAUACUUUCAUAGGUUUUUCAUUACUUUUUAGUUUCAUUAUUUUCAUUCUUUUUUAAUUUUUUUAAUUUCUUUUUUUUUAAUAUUUUUUAUUUUAUUUUUUUUUCAUUUUUAUUUUUUUUUUAAUUUUUGUUAUUUGCUAUUAUUUUUUCAUCAACAUGUAAUUUUCUUCAUUCCCAACAACUUGCGUUUUUUCACUUUCCAUUGCAAAAACUUUCAACCAUAACAUUUUGUAAAACAAAAAUAUAAAUAUUUAAGAAAAAGUAGCUUAGGAUAUUCAAUAUUUUUUGUUUUUGGUUUAAUUUAGAAAUAUAUAUUAGAUAUGUGGCAAUAAAAAUUUAAGAAAUAAUGAAGAAAACUGAAACUAGUGACUGCAAUUUCUUUUUUAAGUUCCUCACUGCACAUUGAAGUAGUUUUAAAAUAUCGAAAAUUAUGAACAGAAUUUCUAACCUAUGAAAUAAAAUUGUAUAUUAAACACAAACACUUACUUGUAUUUAAUUUUUUAAACGAUAUUAAAUUAAGAUUUUAAAAAAUUUGUAUGAAUUUUUUUUUUAUUAAAAUAUUAAUAGAUUUAAAAACUAAAGGAAAUUAUUUGAAAAAUAUGUUUUCGAAAUUUGUAAUUUUUUAAGGGCUUAUUCCACUGUGAGCCUUAAAAAUAAACAGAUUUAUAAAUUUCCUUUUGAUCUGAAAUAUUUGAAUAAUGUCUUUUCGAAAUUUGUAAUUUUUUAAGCGCUGACUCCACUGUAGAGCAUGAAAUAAUAAUAUAAUUUUUGGAUAUUUUUAAGGGAACUUUAUUUAACAGAAUGUUCAUCCCCCUAGAAUUUUGAACAAUAUUAGGACUGUUGCUCAACACACACUGUUUGUGGCUCCGGUUUUGAUUGAAAUAGUCGAACUUUAAGGUCUUGUCCAACAUGUAAAUUAUGUUGAAUUCAUUUUUUUAAGACUACUAAAUAUUUUUUAUACGAAAUAAAUUCAAAAUUUUAUUUUUUAAAGUUCUAUAGUGGUAUAACCCCUUAAUACACUGAUUAAAUUUGAAGCGAAACCAAUAUAUUUUUUUGUUAAAUUUGCAGGAGAGUUUAAUCAUAGUUUUUUUAAGCAAAAUUUUAUAUUUCAAAAAUUUGUCAUACCAAAAUUUUUUUAAAAGUUUUCGUUUAUACUACAAAAAAUAUUUUCAUCUUUUUGAAAACGGAGUUUAAAUGAUUUUUCAAAUAAUUGUUUGAUCCUCUUUUUUUUAAUUUUUCCCGUAUUUAUAUGAAGCAAUUUUCUUUAAUUGUAUUUUUAUAAAAACAAAACAUUUUUGAAAUAAAAAACUAUCGCAGAUAAAAAUAUUUUGUGCAAAUAAUUCUAAUACUAUAUGUACAGUUGAA